AUGGCGGGAUCGACCGCCUACCCGGUCUCGAUUUCCGAAAUUGAGUUUCCCUCCCAGGCUCAGAGUCUGUCGCAUAUCCUUUCAGAUCUCAAGAGAUCAGCGUUGUCUAUAACCAAUAGGCUGAAAUCUAUCGAAAGCGACUCGCAGUUUGCCCAGGGAGUCUCCGAGCACUAUCGUCUACCAUUAAUAGCAAACGAACGGUGUGGCAGUUGGUAUAUUCAACCCGAGAGAAAAGUAGGAAGCGCGUAUUUCAAAAGCACCGAUGGCCAUGCCGGUCAAUGGGACUUCAGCCUCCGUCGGCUCAACCUACAGGUUCUCGACGUUCUUAGUCAAUACGGAGGAUGCAUCGUCGUGGACUCGACAAGAAGGGGCAAGGCAAUCCCUGAUGCCCUCUCGAAAACUGCUCCUAUCUGGGCUGCAGUGAUGAACAAAACUCUGUUUCCCGAUGAGCCUGCAUACCAUAAUGUUCAGUUCCCGCCAGACUUCCUUGGCGCCUCCGAAGAGUCACAAAUUGAAGGCCGAAUUGACGGGUUUGUGGCUGCAUUCAAGGCCCUGGGACUGGACCUGGAAUCGCUGAAGAAUAGGAUGGGAAAACCCGUCCGCUUAUCGUGGGCAACAAGGGAUUAUUUUUAUCCUGAAUACCCCCAAAAUAGGAAUUUUCAUCUAAUGGUUUUGUGUUCCGCCUCGAAACGCGUGCGGGGUGCUGAGAUGUCAGAAGGUGGGUACAUCCAGGGCGCAGGCGAUGACAGUGAAGGGUGGGCAUGUGGUCUCACGCCGGAUAUAUUUUGGAAAAAUCGAGAACUUCUCCUCAAAUCCGGGGAGGAGACGCUACCGGAAUUGAUUGGAGGCUUGGUUGAGAAGCAACGUCAAACUUCUUCAACUGAGCAGGCAACAUUGAUCAAACCAACCAAAAACAUCUUUGUUGGAAAAAGCGAAUCGCUCAACGUCCCGGAUAUCCCCUUCGACUUGAUCAUUGAUUGUCAUGGCGACCCCAACCUGUCACAGGGUCCAGUAUUAAAUCUGGGCUGCGUCGCAGGUAAACUUGGGAGCCGCAAUUUACGAAAGGUCCUAGACAAGGUUGAGAAAUUCGUAUCCCGCAACCUAGAAGAAGAUUUGUCCCAGUCUCUGGUCAUAGUAUGCGAUACAGGGAAAGAUUUAUCUGUUGGAACAGCUCUUAUGAUAAUCUGUCUGUUCUUCGACGACGAUGGUAGGUGCUCUCUCCAUCUGCCAUCACAUCUCGGGCGGCUGGGCUCACCAACUAGGGUCCUACAUACGAUUGCAAUCCGGCAAACCCAUUAA